CGGGGCCUCUUUCUUCUCUGAAAGAGGUCAAUUCGGAGUUUGCCUCGUGCAUGCUCGAUACAUGUCUGGAAAUAUAAACACUAGCUGCCAUACACUUCUGUUUUAGAUAACUGCCAAACACUGGGAAUAAAUGGAGGCGUUCAACCAGCUGAUCUUGGAAUAUCCUCAAUUCAUGUACGGAGGAGCCGGAGCAACGGUCUUUAUGGCUGGGGGAGCUCUGAUUUACAAAAUUGCAACAAGAAAGAAACCCACACAUGUCAAUGUGAAUUGCUGGUUCUGCAACCAGGACUCAGUGGUCCCAUAUGGAAACAGAAACUGCUGGGACUGCCCCAACUGCGAGCAGUACAACGGCUUCCAGGAGAAUGGCGACUACAACAAACCUAUUCCUGCUCAAUUCUCGGAGCAUCUAAACCAUGGCGUGUCUGCCGGCGUGCCCUUGCCUGAGACACCAAAGACGCUGCAGUGGGUCAACUGUCAGAUGCUGUUGUGCAAAAAAUGCAACAACAACCAGUCCGUCAAGAUCAAGCAGUUGGCCUCAUUCAUCCCAAGGGAAGAUGAGAACUAUGAUGAGGAGAUUGAGGUGUACAAGCACCACGUGGAGCAGACCUACAAGUUGUGCAGACCCUGUCAGACGGCCGUGGAGUACUACAUCAAGCACCAGAACCGCCAGCUCCGGGCUGUGCUCUUCAGCCACCAGCUCAGACGCAGCAGAGACUGUGACAAAGCAUUCGUAAAGAGCUCCUACUCCUUCAGCACACCAGUUGGAGUGAUAUUGCUUCGUGUCAUGGCGUUCUUCACCUGUGCCUUCCUAGUUGCAACAGCAUUGUAUGGCUCUGGGGACCAAACUGCAUCCGCUGGUGCACCCCAAACACUAAGCGGGGGGAUCAUCCCUCCAAAGCCUGCUCCCUCCAACAAAUCCACUCACAAAAACGGUAGCAGCGAGGCUGGACAGGUGUUGCAAGACCUGCUAGAGCUGCUUCCAGAGGAGGCCGUAGAGAAUGCAAAGCUUGUCUGGCAGUAUGGAAGGAACCAUCAGAUGGCUGUGGUCUCCAUUGGCCUGCUGACCUGUAUCACUGGUGUCUGUCUAGGAGGACCUGUCAGAUUGAGGCGAAUUGAUGCUGUGGCCUCUGUCCUGUGGUUCCUGGUCUUGUGCCUGUACUUGGUGGAGAGAUACCUGAAAGCUGAUGUCUCAAGCUGGCUGGAUGCAGUCAAACUCGGCACUACCUCCUUAUGUUGCCUGGUUGGCUUUGCCGCUGCUGUCGCAACACGCAAAUCCAUGGGCCCGAGAAGAGCGAGAGGUCGAAGGUACCUUUCCGGUAGCUCUGUGGACUCGCUGUAUGGUGGCCAGGCUCCCCUGCUCUCUCCCAUCUCCCCUGGCUCCUCCUCUACCUUCAUCCCCACUCCACCCCCAAACCUCUCCCAGCUCAUCAAUCGACAGAAGAGCCCCCGAGAACGCAAAGCCUCUCCCUCUUCCCUGCCCGGUCGCCUCAACCGAGCCCUGUACCUCGGCACCAUCCCAUCCCUCGCCAGAACAGAUUCCGGCUACCUGUUCAGUGGAAGUAGGCCACCUUCACAGUGCAAAGACUCCCCACCUUCAGAUUAUUUUUCCCUGAAGUCUGGGAGCCGUCCGUCAUCCCCAGGCCCCUCCCCGACCCCCUCGGUUGCUGGCUCAGUCACAUCCAGCUCCAGCUCUCGCCACCGCCGCCCCCUCAUCAGCCCGGCAAGACUCAACAUCAGUGGACAGAAACUCCGCCUCUUCUCAUCUGACACAGAGCACCAGCCCCCACCCACCCCGACCCCGCCACACCACUUCUCAGCAGAGCCCGCCCCUUUUCACAGCGGAAGCUUCCACCUGCCAGACGUAUCCCCAUACCACAGUAGUAAUGACUUGAGCUCCUUGCUGAAGGAGGGCAGUGUAAUCUCAGAGGAGUGUGAGAAGAGACGGGGCAGCUCCUCAGGCUCCUCAGCCUGUAUGGUGGACACCACAACAGGAGGCAUGGACAGCCCCCCCGGAUGGAAAGGUCUCUUGGGUCGCUCUCUUUGGCCGGGCAUCCUCCUAGCGAGCCUGAGCGCCAACUUGUUCUUCACCUCCCUCUACCUGUAUCGCAACUGGUGAGACACACCUCAGUCCUUCACAACCUGUAUAAAAAUAAAUAAUGUUGCAUAAAUAAUAUGCCCCCAACAAUUUAAUGGGAGUAUGAUAUGUGCAAGCUAAUAAGCUGUGGACAUGUGUUUAUUAAGUAGACAUGUUCAUCAGCGUUUUAAGAUCAGAAUUCCAGUGGGCAUCCCUCUGUAGCAGUAGGGUCUCAAUGUUACCUCCUCCUUGUUAAAGUAAGCUGCUCGAUAUGAUGUAUUUGACGAAGGCGAUAGGAUGGUUAGCUUCAACAAAGUGAACUGCUACUGGGUAGCCAGUGUACUUACCUGAUUGAGCUGCUGCGGUGUUCAGGUAUUCGUUUUUAAUUGUCUGCAGGAACAACAUUUGUUAGUCCCAUUUGGGAAGGAUUAUUUUGUCCAACUGAAGCCUUUCCACACGAACAGGGGAGGAGAUGACACCACUAACAAACUUUUCAGCCUGCAUGUGGGUGAAAAAUGUUUUUGUAGUGCUGUUGCAUUGUCUGCAGGAACAACAUUUGAAUUUCCCAUUUGGAAUGGGUGCCAAGAAUGUUUGCGUGGGGGGGGGUGACGACAUCACUCGACAUGGUCCUAAGACAGACAGCAUUACAGGGUGAGUCAUCCUUUCCCCUCUCUGGCUAUUUGUGUUCGCAGCUCAGCCAAAGACACUCGCAAAUGCAUCUUGCCAUAUGUCCAAGCUAGGGCUGGGAAUUGCCAGGGACCUCACGAUACGAUAUUAUCGGUGCUGAUAUGUAUUGCGAGUCGAUGUUCCAAACAAUAUUGCUCAACAUGUCUGCUGCAGAGGGAUAAGAGCCAUGAGAAACGGAGUUCUGAUCAGUCAUGGAAAUUAAAGUGCUGAAAACAUGUUGGUUCACCAUUUAAAAAGAUGAAUAACAAGCUAGAGAAGUUGAAAUAAUGUUAAUAAUAUAUACAUUUUAAAAUUGAUACUUGGGAGUCAUAGAAUAAGUACAAUAUCAUCAAAAGUAGUAUUGCGAUACGACUGUAUCGAUUUUUACCCCAACCCCAUUUAUUUUCGUCAGGACUUAGGCUAUGCAUAGACAGUGCAAUCUUACUUCACACAACACUGACUGAAACGUUCUCUUUUGUCCCUGAAAUAUGACCUGACCUAGUAAUGUAAUAUUUAAGCUAGUUCCUGCUGGUAUAAAUAUCUGACUCCUUAAAAUGUAUCAACUUGAACAACUGAGCAUGUUAAAGUAACUCUUAAAUUGACAAAAGUUGCAAUUGCUUGGUACUAUUGUAUUUAUUUAGGGAAUUAUAAUUAUUAUUUUUUACACUUUGGUCAUGCUGUGAAAUGUGCAAUAGACAUGUAUUGUUGAUACAAGCAUGUUAUACACACGUCUCAUUUUUGUUUCCUAAAAUGUCAGACUGGGUCUGAAUGGUGAUGGGAUCGGUUUUUUGAGAAACUCAUAGAAUGUGUUCACUGAAGGACUAGGCCUAUAUAUCUUAAUGAUAACUCUUUGGAAUAACGAAUGGAAAAUAUUCAUAUUUUCUUUCCACUGUGAGCCAAUUUGGGCUGGGGUGAUACAGUACACAGUUUGAUAAGGACGUAUGAUAUCUAUACCAUUGGAUUGCGGCGGCGUAGAUUUUCUAUAAAGACAAUGUCCACUUGCUUUAUAUCUUUAUACUACGAAUGAGCACACUUGAUUUGUAGGUUCUUCUUAGGUUAUUUUGUAUUAAUAUGAUUUAGAGCUUGAUUGACUCUCCUUUAAGAGUACAGCAUGCAUAAACACUACCUUGACUUUCAAAUCAUAACUAUUGUAAUUAAGGACUAGUAAGUGUGUCCAUGGUGUGUGAUGAAUGGUUCUGUGCUUGGCAAUGAAUGUUUUAUAUUUGUGCAGAUCACAAUGGGUUGGUACUUACUUGCUUAACUGUUUAUUUUUUCUUGUUCAUUCUCCGUAACUGAAUUGUGUUAUCUUGACUGUAAAAAAACACUUUCUGAAAAAACAAAUACACGUCUGGCUAACUGCAUUGCAUUGUGUUGUAAGUUUGUAGGGAAAAGUGUUUAUCAUGUAAUAUACUGUAUAAUGUAAUUUGUGUUCUGUGAUAAAGCCAUAGUCGAAAAUAAAGCAUUUGGAGUGCUUGUUUGGACUUAAAAACUCAGAAAAGUGCUCGUCCUGCUCUCAUAUAUAAACCAAAAGCACUGAUAUUGAUAUAAUUGUAAGAAUAUAUAUUUUUGUCAGAAAAAUAGUUUACAUGAUUGAGAUGUCUAGUCCUUACAAAGACUUAUUCUGCCUCCAAGCUAAAGGAUGUUGACAUGUCAUGAACACCUCAUCUUGGAAUUGUGGUUGCACUCAAUGUUUAAUUUAAUGACAUUGAAUAAUGUUACUAUUUGUAUAGCAUAAAAGUUAUUGGUCUAAAAUGACAAACAUGUACAAUUGUAAAUACUAUAUCAUCUGUUCCUUGUUAUUUUAGUCUGUCAAGUUCAUUAAUAUUUGCCCUUUUUCCUGUUCUUAGUUUAGAAGGAACUAUGGACUAAUAUUCAAUUAUCUUACAUCUUAAGGUAUAACUUUAACUUUCUGUGUUUGAUUUUACAGUGUGAAAGUAACAAUGCAAUGUCUGGUUGAAUUUUCACGUAGUUAUCUAUUGUCAGUAUUAGGAAUCAACACAUCAAUCUGUGUGACUUGUUUUGCUGUUAUGCCUAGGAUUUCUGUACUUCAAUAAAUUAUUUGUCUAAUAAAA